AUGGCGGCGGCCUGCGCGUCGUUCCGGGAGCAGCUGGUGGACUGGUGUACCCGGCAGCUGCGGCAAACUUUCGGCCUGGAUGUCAGCGAGGAAAUCGUGCAGUAUGUUUUAUCGAUUGAGAAUGCUGAAGAAAUACGAGAAUAUGUCACUGACCUCCUUCAGGGAAACGAGGGUCUGAAAGGCCAAUUCAUAGAGGAACUUAUAACCAAAUGGCAAAAGGAUGAUAAAGAGAUAAUUUCUGAUAAUCAGCAGCAGUCCUUCAAAAAGGAUGAUGUUUCAGAUGGACAGAGAUCUGGAGACCAAUUAAAGAGGAGUCGUCGGAAAGGGAGAAACAGACAGGAAGUCCCUGCAUUUGUUGAACCUGACACAACUAUUGAAGUCAAAACCCCUUUUGAUUUGGCCAAGGCUCAAGAGAAUAACAACUCUUCGAAGAAGAAGACAAAGUUUGUGAGCUUGUACACAAAGGAGGGACAGGAUAGACUUGCAGUUUUGAUUCCUGGGCGCCAUCCUUGUGACUGCUUGGGCCAGAAGCACAAACUCAUCAAUAACUGUCUGGUUUGUGGCAGAAUCGUCUGUGAACAAGAAGGUUCUGGCCCUUGCUUAUUCUGCAGUUCCCUGGUGUGCACUCGAGAGGAGCAGGGCAUUUUACAAAGAGACUCCAACAAGAGCCAGAAGCUGCUCAAAAAACUCCUGGCAGGGACGGAAAAUUCUGGAAAGGCUGAUCUCCCUACCAAGGAUCUUCUUCCUCAUCAGGAGCUCAGAAUUAAAUCUGGUCUGGAAAAGGCUAUCAAGCAUAAAGACAAGCUAUUAGAGUUUGACAGAACUAGCAUUCGAAGAACCCAAGUCAUUGAUGAUGAGUCAGAUUACUUUGCCAGUGAUUCCAAUCAAUGGUUGUCAAAAGUUGAGCGAGAAACCUUACAGAAACGAGAGGAGGAACUGAGAGAAUUUCGGCAUGCCUCUCGGCUCUCUAAGAAGAUCACCAUUGACUUUGCAGGCAGGAAGAUUGUGGAAGAUGAGACUCCACUAGCAGAAUAUCAUAGCAAGCUAGAUGAGACGAUACAGGCCAUUGCCAAUGGAACUUUGUUCCAGCCUCUGAUCAAAUUGGAUAGAUCUUCUGAUGAACCUUUAGGAGUUCUGGUGAACCCAAACCUGUGCCAGCCUCCUCCCCAGUGGGUUGAUCAGACUGGAGCCAUCUCCCAGAAAAAGACUUUCCAUCCUGCAGGAUUAGAGCCAGAGUCUAAUUCCUAUCGGCAUCAGUUGCGAAUUCAGGACCAGGAGUUUCAGGAGGGCUUCGAUAGUGGCUGGUGUCUCUCCAUGCAUCAACCCUGGGCUUCUCUGCUUGUCAGAGGUAUUAAAAGGGUGGAGGGCAGAAGUUGGUACACCCCUCAUAGAGGACGUCUUUGGAUUGCAGCUACAGCCAAAAGACCCGCCCCUCAAGAAAUCUCAGAACUUCAGGCUACUUAUCGCCUUCUCCGAGGGAAAGAUAUAGAAUUUCCCAACGACUACCCAUCAGGCUGUCUUUUGGGUUGUGUGGACCUAACUGAUUGCUUGUCCCAGAAGCAGUUCAAGGAUCAGUAUCCAGACAUGAGUCAAGAAUCUGAUUCUCCGUUUGUUUUCAUCUGUGCAAAUCCCCAGGAAAUGAUUGUGAAGUUUCCUAUUAAAGGAAAUCCAAAAAUCUGGAAACUGGAUCCCAAGAUCCAUCAAGGAGCAAAGAAGGGGUUAAUGAAGCAGAAUAAAGCUGUCUGACCCAGGAGAAAAGGGACUCAACAGCAGUGUGGAGUUUUGUGUACUGAAAUUGCUAUCCACGGUCCUUUGGAAUUGAAACAGUAGAAAUCUAAAGGUUUCAUGUCAGCCUCAAAUCUCUCGGAAUAUUAACUCUUAACAAAAUCUGUAUAUUUUUCUUAGGUAGUGGGAUUCUUACCUUUGUAUAGAAGCAGAUC